AAUAACAAUAAACCCUGGGAAGGAAGACUAAGUUGUUUUUUAAUGAUGCUACACUGUAUUAUUUUACGUCACCUAGAUACCUAGCAGUGGCCCAGUUGGGUCGAAGUUUGUGCUAAUACAGCAAUACCAUGUCUUUGCUUGCGUUGUGAGUUCAGUUCUAACGUGGGCUACUAUAGUAUUCAAGUGUGACCUGAGCCAAAUAGGAUGUUGUCCUUUAAUGUCUUUCACUUUAAGAGCACAAAGGAACAGUUAACAGGGACAAGUUUCUAUAGGCUUAGCACCGCAGGUCUUUGUAUUAUGUGUGUAACUAUGUGGGCCUACUAGGCUAUGGGCCAACUGGACAAGCUAAGCCAAAAUUCCGUAAAUAACUACAGCUUUCACGUUUGGAUUGAAGAUGGUGAGUGAUUACAUGCACACCACUACCCAGCUGCCUACCAGCAACCAACAUGCCUUAUGGGAUAUUCAUCUGGCAUCAUUGACAUUCCAGAACAAUCCAUGUUUACAUUCCAAAAGUUGGCCUAAGUGUCAAUUUAAUUUCCGAAGAGUAUCAAAACCAGCUGUCCGGCCCAGCACAACCCAUUAGCAAUCAUAAAACCGACCUUUCCGUUUCUCUACAAUCAACUCCUCUCCCUUCCCAAGGGACUGCCUAUCAUGAGAUUCCGAAUCUACAAGAGGAAGGUGGUGAUUCUGACACUGGUGGUGGUCAUCUGUGGGCUGGCAUUCUGGAGCAGUGGAAAGCAGAAGAAGAGUAACAGCACAUCUGUCCCUAAAGAAGUGGAGCCUGUGAAAAGAAGCAGUAGCAGUAGUAGUAGUAGUAGUAGUAGUAGUAGUAGUAACCAGGUACAGGUCACACCAGUGGUCAGUAAGGUACCCCCACCUGUCAUCCCUGCUGCGAUUGCCAACGAGACUCACCAGGAGAAGGUAAAGGAGAAGGAGAAAGUGUUGAAGCCGGAUGUAGACAACACCACCUUGGUAUACCGUGGCAUUGUGUUCCAGCUCAACUUUGACCAGAUCGUGAGAAACGAGGAGAAGUUCAAGACGGUCAGACAUAAAGAUGAUCUGGUCGUUGUGGUCCAAGUGCACAAUAGACCCGACUACUUGAAACUGCUUGUGGAGAGUCUGAGGAAGGCCGAGGGCAUUGAGAGGGUGCUGUUGGUGUUCAGCCAUGAUUUCUGGUCCCCGGAGGUCAACCAGGUGGUGGCCUCAGUUGAUUUCUGUCAGGUCCUUCAGAUCUUCUUUCCAUUCAGCAUACAACUCUACCCCCAGGAGUUCCCUGGUAAUGACCCCAAAGACUGCCCCAGAGACAUUUCCAAGACAGAAGCCUUAAAGCUGGGUUGCAUCAAUGCAGAGUACCCUGACUCGUUCGGACACUACCGCGAAGCCAAGUUCUCCCAGACCAAACACCACUGGUGGUGGAAGCUGCAUUUUGUUUGGGACAGAGUCAGGGCUAUGAAGGACCACAAUGGUCUGGUCCUGCUGAUUGAAGAGGACCACUUCCUGUCACCUGAUUUCAUCCACACCCUGAAGCUGAUGACAGUCCUGAAGACAGAGCAGUGCCCUGACUGUGACAUCCUGUCUAUGGGGAGUUACACCCACAUUGGCUACUCCGGCAAAGCCAACAAGGUGGAGGUGAAAGCCUGGAAGUCUACUGAGCACAACAUGGGGAUGGCUCUGGGCAGAGCCACCUAUCAGAAGCUCAUCCACUGUACUGAUGCUUUUUGCACUUAUGAUGACUACAACUGGGACUGGUCGCUGCAGCACCUGACUGUUACCUGCCUGCCCUCCUACUGGAAGGUGAUGGUGUGCGAGGCUCCUAGGAUCUUCCACGCUGGGGACUGUGGCAUGCACCACAAGAAGGCAGUGUGCAUGCCGGCCAGCCAGAAAAUCAAGAUAGAGAACAUUCUCCAGAGCAGUGGAAACCAGCUGUUUCCAAAGAACCUCUUGAUAACUAAGAGACUUCCCGCCCCUGGUGUUGGAGGUGUGGCCCCCCAUGUGAAGAACGGAGGUUGGGGGGAUAUUAGGGACCAUGAACUCUGCAAGAGCUACCUUCGAUUACAGUGACCUUAUUACAACUCUUAUUAUUAUCAUCUCUUUUGCAUCCUCUUUAAAGAAAAGAAAGCCUUUUAAAAAUAAAUCUUUAUGGACUAUUCUUCAUAUUGCCUGUUUUACUGGACUGUUCCAAAUAAAAAAAAGUAUGUUUGGUUUGGG